AUGUUAUCAGCUGAAUUAAAAAGAAGAAAGAAAUUGCUACUCCCAUUAGCAUUGAUUUCCGGUAUCAUUGUGUUGUUAUUUUUCACAAAUUACAAUUAUUCAUUUACCACAUCUUCCCAUCCAGUAUUGUCUUCAUCUCACAAGAGUAAUAAUGCUUUCCCAACAUUGGAUCAAACUUCUUCAACCAAGGCAAGGCCAAAUCCUGGUAAUUUAAUUGCCAAUCAAAAAGAUAAAUCCCAAACCGGUACUUAUUUCACCAAAUUCAUUCAUAAAGAUCCUCAGUUUGAUUUUACAAAAAUAACAUACACUUCAACCAAUAAGAAAUUCAAAACCAAUAAUAUCAAAGUUGACGAAGAAACCGGUGACACCACUGAAGUUGUUAAUAAACCAACAGUAUUAAUCAUGUCUGUCAUUGGAAACAAUGAACCAUAUGGAAGUGAUAGGCAUUUUGACGGAUUCAUGCUCACAAUAUUAUCCCUUGUUGAAAAUCAACCAGACUACGAAUUUUCAUUAGGGUUAUUAAACAAUAAUGAAGAAGAAUUCAUCAAGAUUCAAAAUUAUUUUGAAAAAAACUUACAAAAAGAAUUAUCUGAAACGUUAUCAUCAAUUUUCAAAUCGAUUAGUUUAAUUUCUGCUCCAUUCUUAGAUCAAAACACGGGUUUUUCUCGUGAACAAAGACAUGAUGAUCAUGUUCAACGAUUAAGACGUCGAUUAAUUGCCAAAUCAAGAAAUUUCUUAUUAUUAAAUACUUUGAAUCUUGAACAAUACGUGUUGAGUUUGGAUGCAGAUAUGAUUAGAUUUCAUAAUCCUGAAAAAUUUAUUAAAACUUUUAUUGAUUCCAAGAAGGACAUUAUAGUUCCUAGAAUUCAACGUCUUGACAUGCAAGAUUAUGAUAAAAAUUCUUGGCGUGGUCAAAGAACAAAACCAACAAAAGAACAAUUGGAGAAAAUGGAUAAUAAUCAAUGGGAUCAAUGGGAUUAUGUUCCUCGUGAUGUAAAAGAUCACAUGUAUCAUUUCCAAACAUAUAUGGAUAACAAAGAUAAUGAAUAUGAAUUACAUAAAGAGGAAUACGAUUAUGUGGUACCUUUGGAUUCAGUUGGCGGUGCUGUUUUGUUUGCCAAAUCAAUUGUUUUCAAACAAGGUGUUAUUUUCCCAACUAGUUUGAUUGUUGGAACAACUUGGGAUAGACAAGAAGGUUAUGAUGGUAUAGAAACUGAAGGUGUUUGUUAUUUAGCCAAACCUUUGGGGUUCUCUUGUUGGGGUAUGCCUAAUGUUGUUGCUCACCAUUCUGGAGGUUAA